CAUCCAGAAUGGAAAGUGUCCCAGGAGACUACAGCAAACGAGUGUAUCAGGGCGUGAGAGUGAAGCAUACAGUCAAAGAUCUACUGGCAGAAAAACGAUCCAGGCAGACAAGUACUUCGAGAUUUAAUGGCAGUGUCAGUUCAUCCUCUCAGCCUCCAUUCGUCCAAAUGCCAGGUUCGCCGGUCACAUCAGGUUACUAUGGGGUCCGAAGAUCGUUCCUGUCUGACUCAGACUUCCACAACUCUAAACAGUUUCCUGGCGACGUGUGCAGCACGAGCGUGGCCAAGCCCUUUUCCUGCGAGUCCUCGGCGGCGGCGGGGCCCAGCCACCCGGCCCUCCUGGAUCCUUACUUCCCCGAGCCCUACAGCGACCACCGCCCCGCAGCCCUGACCCCCAGCCCGGGCUCUCUGUUCAGCGCCUCGCCCCUGCCACCACUCCUGCCACCACCCUUCCCCAGCGACCCCACACACUUUGUGCUGAGGGACUCAUGGGAGCAGACGGUGCCUGAUGGCCUCAGCCAACCGGACCCUGUGCCCACGGACCCCCUGCAGACCUUGUCACCCAGCACGAGUUGCCUUGCCCAACUGGAGUCGGGGAGCACCACCCAGCUCCGGAGCUCGAGCUGGGGGGGCACCCUAGCUGGAGCCCAGUCCUACUCAUUGCAUGCACUGGAGGAUCUGUACCACACACCCGGGUACCCCACCCCUCCCCCCUACCCCUUCACCCCUUUCAUGACGAUGCCCAAUGAUCUAACACCCAAGGUGGUGCCCCUGGCCCCAGACCAAGGCACGGACACCUCUGUUCUUCAGGACCCUUCUCCGUGGACCAAAGAAGAUGGGAGCCUGGCCUGGGGGGCCUACGAAUGCCGUAGAGCUUACUGA